UGUCUUGACUGUUACUGCUCCCUUGUCGGCCAAAAUUGAUCCUCCCACCCAAACUGUUGAUUUCGGACGUCCAGCUGUUUUCACCUGCCAAUAUACCGGUAACCCCAUUAAGACCAUUAGCUGGUUAAAGGAUGGCAAAGCUAUGGGCCACAGUGAUCCCGUCUUACGCAUAGAAUCGGUUAAGAAAGAAGACAAGGGCAUGUAUCAGUGUUUUGUACGCAAUGAUCAGGAAUCGGCUGAAGCUAGUGCUGAAUUGAAAUUGGGCGGCCGUUUUGAUCCACCCGUUAUAAGACAAGCCUUCCAAGAAGAAACCAUGGAACCUGGACCAAGUGUAUUCCUAAAGUGUGUUGCUGGCGGUAAUCCCACUCCUGAAAUCUCCUGGGAAUUAGAUGGCAAAAAGAUUGCAAACAAUGAUCGUUAUCAGGUUGGACAAUAUGUGACAGUUAAUGGUGAUGUUGUGUCGUAUUUGAAUAUUACCUCGGUGCAUGCUAAUGAUGGUGGUCUGUACAAGUGUAUUGCCAAGAGUAAAGUGGGUGUAGCUGAACAUUCGGCCAAGUUAAAUGUCUAUGGAUUACCCUACAUUAGACAGAUGGAAAAGAAAGCUAUUGUUGCUGGUGAAACAUUGAUGGUUACUUGUCCCGUUGCUGGUUAUCCAAUUGACUCGAUUGUAUGGGAGAGAGACAACCGUGCCUUACCCAUUAACCGCAAACAAAAAGUCUUCCCCAAUGGCACCUUAAUUAUCGAAAACGUUGAACGUAACUCCGAUCAGGCAACUUAUACCUGCGUGGCUAAAAAUGUUGAAGGUUAUUCAGCUCGCGGUUCCUUGGAAGUACAAGUUAUGGUUCCCCCCAAGUUGACACCUUUACCCUCUAGCGUGGAUAAUCCUUUGUUUUUGGGUGAUUAUUUUCAAUUGAAUUGUGCGGUUUUACAUGGUGAUUCACCCUAUAAUAUCACCUGGUAUUAUAAUGAUGAAUCGGUUAAUAAUAUGGAGGGUAUAACGGUAAUGAUGCAUAGCAAACGUAGCAGUUCGUUGAAUAUUGAAAGUGUUUUGGCAGUACAUGCGGGCAAAUAUUCGUGUAUUGGUGCUAAUCAGGCGGGUUAUACAGAAGUUUCGACCAAUUUAACCAUAAGGGUACCACCAAGAUGGAUUUUGGAACCCACCGAUAAGGCUUUCGCUCAAGGAUCCGAUGCUAAAGUUGAAUGCAAAGCUGAUGGUUUCCCCAAGCCUCAAGUGACAUGGAAGAAAGCUGUGGGCAACAGUCCCGGUGAAUACAAGGAUUUGAAGAAAAACGACAAUAUUCGCGUUGAAGAAGGCACUCUACACAUCGACAACAUUCAAAAGACCAACGAAGGCUACUAUUUGUGUGAGGCUAUAAAUGGCAUUGGUUCCGGACUCUCGGCUGUCAUAAUGGUUAGUGUACAGGCUCCACCAGAGUUCACCGAAAAAUUACGCAAUCAAACUGCUCGUCGUGGCGAACCCGCUGUCUUGCAAUGCGAAGCUAAAGGCGAAAAACCCAUUGGCAUUUUAUGGAACAUGAAUAACAUGCGUUUGGAUCCCAAGAACGACAAUCGUUAUACCAUACGCGAGGAAAUCUUAUCGACCGGUGUCAUGUCUAGUCUAUCGAUUAAGCGUACCGAACGUUCUGACUCUGCCUUGUUUACCUGUGUGGCCACUAAUGCUUUUGGUUCCGAUGAUGCAAGUAUUAAUAUGAUUAUCCAGGAGGUGCCUGAGAUGCCUUAUGCCUUGAAAGUUUUAGACAAAUCUGGCCGUUCCGUGCAAUUGAGCUGGGCCCAACCCUACGAUGGCAAUUCUCCCAUUACUCGUUAUAUUAUUGAAUUCAAACGUUCUCGUGCCUCUUGGGAUGAAAUUGAUCGUGUUAUGGUGCCUGGUGAUACCACAGAAGCUCAGGUCCAGAAACUAAACCCUGCUACUACUUAUAACAUUCGCAUUGUUGCCGAAAACACUAUUGGUACUUCUCAAUCCUCCGAAGCUGUUACCAUUAUCACCGCCGAAGAAGCUCCCUCUGGCAAGCCUCAAAAUAUUAAAGUUGAACCUGUUAAUCAGACCACAUUACGUGUCACUUGGAAACCACCAGCACGCUCGGAAUGGAAUGGUGAAAUUUUGGGCUACUAUGUAGGCUACAAACUAUCCAACACUAACUCCUCGUAUGUCUUUGAAACUGUGAAUUUCGUAACCGAAGAAGGCAAAGAACAUAAUUUGGAAUUGAACAACUUGCGUGUGUAUACCCAAUAUUCGGUUGUUAUUCAGGCUUUUAAUAAGAUUGGCGCCGGUCCCUUGUCCGAUGAAGAGAAACAAUUUACCGCUGAAGGCACACCCAGUCAACCACCCAGUGAUACAUCCUGCACCACUUUGACUUCUCAGACAAUACGCGUUAGCUGGGUCAGUCCCCCAUUGGAAUCGGCAAAUGGUGUUAUUAAGACUUAUAAGGUGGUCUAUGCUCCCAGUGAAGAGUGGUAUGAUGAAACCAAACGUCACUACAAGAAGACUGCCUCCUCGGAUACCGUUUUACAUGGCUUGAAGAAAUACACCAACUAUACCAUGCAAAUUUUAGCUACCACUGCCGGCGGAGAUGGUGUACGCAGCGCUGCCAUACACUGCCAAACUGAACCAGAUGUACCUGAAGCCCCCACCGAUGUUAAGGCUCUUGUUAUGGGUCAUGCCGCCAUCUUGGUAUCAUGGCGUCCACCAGCACAACCCAACGGCAUCAUACAACAAUACACUGUCUACACUAAAGUCGAGGGAGCCGAAGGUGAACCCAAAAGCCAAAAAGUACCCCACUAUCAAAUGAGCUAUGAAGCCACCGAAUUGGAAAAGAAUAAUCCCUACGAAUUCUGGGUUACAGCCAGCACAAAUAUUGGUGAAGGUCAACCCUCAAAGAGUAUUGUAGCCAUGCCCAGCGAUCAAGUUCCUGCUAAAAUUGCCUCAUUCGAUGACACCUUCACUGCCACCUUCAAGGAAGACGCCAAAAUGCCCUGUCUAGCUGUUGGUUCUCCACAACCUGAUAUAACCUGGAAAAUUAAGGGUGUUGAGUUUACUGGUAGCGAUCGUAUGCGUGUAUUACCUGAUGGUUCGUUGUUGGUUAAGUCGGUGAAUAGACAAGAUGCUGGUGAUUAUACCUGUCAUGCUGAGAAUUCAAUUGCCAAGGAUUCGAUAACUCAUAAGCUGAUUGUUUUGGCUCCACCCAUGUCACCUCAGGUUACUUUGUCCGCAACCACCACCGAUUCGUUGACUGUUAAAUUGAAGCCUCAUGAAGGUGAUACUGCUCCUCUACAUGGUUACACUUUGCACUACAAACCUGAAUUCGGUGAAUGGGAGACUGCUGAAGUUUCGGUUGAUGCUCAAAAAUACACUAUUGAAAAUCUCUUGUGUGGUUCACGUUAUCAAGUUUAUGCUACCGGAUUUAACAACAUUGGCGCUGGUGAAGCUUCCGAUAUCUUGAAUACCCGUACCAAGGGCUACAAACCCAAACUGCCUGAGAAAUCACGUUUCAUUGAAGUCUCCUCCAACUCUGUGUCAUUGCAUUUCAAGGCCUGGAAAGAUGGCGGUUGCCCCAUGUCUCAUUUUGUGGUAGAAAACAAAAAACGCGAUCAAAUUGAAUGGAAUCAAAUAUCGAAUAAUGUUAAGCCCGAUAAUAACUAUGUGGUGUUGGAUUUGGAACCUGCCACCUGGUAUAAUUUACGCAUUACUGCCCACAACUCUGCUGGUUUUACUGUAGCCGAAUACGAUUUUGCCACUUUAACUGUUACUGGAGGAACUAUAGCCCCAUCGCGCGAUUUACCCGAACUAACGGCCGAGGAUACAAUUCGCAUCAUAUUGUCAAACUUAAAUUUAGUUGUACCCGUGGUAGCUGCUUUACUCGUCAUAAUUAUUGCUAUAAUUGUUAUUUGUAUACUACGUAGCAAAGGCAAUCAUCACAAAGAUGAUGUAGUUUAUAAUCAGACAAUGGGACCUGGCGCCACUUUGGACAAAAGACGACCUGACUUGCGUGAUGAAUUGGGCUAUAUUGCACCACCCAACCGUAAGCUGCCUCCCGUACCCGGCUCCAACUACAACACCUGCGAUCGGAUUAAGCGAGCUCGUGGUGGUAUGCGUUCAAAUCACUCAACUUGGGAUCCCAGAAGACCCAAUUUAUAUGAAGAACUUAAAGCACCACCAGUGCCAGCUCAUGGUAAUCAUUAUGGUCAUAGUCAUGUGGUUAAUGAAUGUGCCUAUAAACAUCCAGGUAUGGAAGAUGAAAUUUGCCCCUAUGCCACUUUCCAUUUAUUGGGCUUCCGCGAAGAAAUGGAUCCAACCAAGGCCAUGAACUUCCAGACCUUCCCCCAUCAAAAUGGACAUGCCCCACCCGGUCAUGCCGGCACCAUGGGACCACCCGGACAUCCUGGACACAUGCACUCUCGCUCUGGUUCUCAAUCUAUGCCACGUGCCAAUCGUUAUGCUCGCAAGAACAGUCAAGGUGGACAAUCAUCGAUUUAUACCCCAGCUCCUGAAUAUGAUGAUCCCGCUAAUUGUGCCGAAGAAGAUCAAUAUCGCCGUUAUACCCGUGUCAACUCUCAAGGUGGUAGUUUGUAUUCUGGCCCCGGACCCGAAUAUGAUGAUCCAGCCAAUUGUGCUCCUGAAGAAGAUCAAUAUGGCUCUCAAUAUGGCGGUCCUUAUGGCACACCUUAUGAUCACUAUGGCUCUCGCGGCUCCAUGGGCAGACGUAGUGUUGGUUCCACCCGCAAUCCUGGCAAUGGCUCUCCCGAACCACCACCACCUCCACCACGCAACCAUGACAUGAGCAAUUCAUCUUUCAAUGACUCCAAGGAAAGUAAUGAAAUUUCCGAGGCCGAAUGUGAUCGCGAUCAUGGACCACGUGGCAAUUAUGGCGCUGUUAAAAGAUCCCCUAUGCACAAGGAUCAACGUACCACAGAAGAGAUGCGUAAAUUAAUCGAAAGAAACGAAGCCGGCCCAAAACAACUCCAACAACAAAGUGGCGCAGGAUUCACAGCCUACGAUACUAUGGCAGUGUAAUUUGUAAAUUUGUGAACAGCCAGCAAAUGUCAUUUCAAACGACUUCAAAUCCAAAAGAACAUAAUCACUCAUUUAUUAAUUGAGAACAAAGAAAUAAGGAAUAUUUAUGCUAAAAACAUAAAAAAACAUUGAGUGAAUAAUACGAACAAAACUAUUUAAUAUUAAGUCAUUUACAUCUACGUAACUUUAUUGAAAAAACAAAGUGUUUUUUUCUCUCCCUCAUCCCAAAAAAACACAACAACAACAAAAACACAUCUUAAGGAAUGAGCCCACAAACUUCUAAAUCGGAAGUUUUCUUAAAACCCAAAUGUUUUCUUUAAAAACAUGAAAAUAUUUCAAGGUUUUUUGGUGCUUCUAAAUUGUGCGAAAGCUAAACAACAUUUAACGAAAAAGUAAUUUAUGCAUUUUUAAGAAAAAAACAACAAAAACAAAAACGUAUUUAAACAAAGAACAAUUUUUUUUAAAUGUAUAAGUGUAUUUUGAUGGUAAAUAUUAUUAAUAUAAACAACAGAAAUAUUCAUUAUUUAUAAUUAAACAAGAAAAGGUUAAUAAUCUAAUUUAAGAAACUACCAAAAAAAAACGAAAAAAAAACAAAACAAGAA